CCUAAAUGCGUGUUUCCCAACGAUCAGGUUACACUGCAACUCCUCUCCUUCAAAGUCUUCCCUUCGUCUCCCCCUCCGCCUGUAACAUCUAGUUGACGCUCCUUCUCCACUGCCCGCCAUUUCCAACUCUCCCCAGAAUGAGUAGCCCGGACUCAUCUUACGAUGUCCGGGUAACAAAUGGUCGGGUUCCCUACUCGCCGUGCUCCGUUUACUCCUACACCUCCACCGUCGGGAGUUCCACCCCCGGCAGGAGCCGCGUCUCCGUCGCUGCCAGAUCGUUCGCUGGAAUCUUCUCCGGGUGCUUCGCUCCCCCGGAGAUUAAGAACUCCAUCUUUAGCGUCGCGGACUCCGAGGAAUUUAAAGCUCCAUCUGUUGUAUCGGAUGGUUCAAGAGCUGGUAGUGAGAGAAGUCGACGCGGUGGUUCAAACCGGGGAGUCUAUGCCAGUCCAAAUAACUCGACACAUACGCGAGAGCAUAGGCGAGAGCCUGGGAGUGUCAAAUUCACCAUGGAGGAAAUCUUCAGGGCCACGAGGAAUUUCUCCCCCUCUUCCAAGAUCGGACAUGGUGGGUUUGGGACAGUCUACAUGGGGACACUCGAUGAUGGAACCGCUGUAGCAGUCAAACGUGCCAAGAAGAGUACGUCUCAGCUUGAUAAGCAUUUGGGGGUGGAAUUCCAAAGUGAGAUCCAAACACUGGCACAAGUGGAACAUUUGAAUUUGGUGAAGUUUUAUGGAUAUUUGGAGCACGAAGAUGAAAGAGUUGUGGUGGUGGAGUAUGUUUCCAAUGGAACCCUCAGAAACCACUUGGAUUGUAUUCAUGGCAACAUUCUGGAUCUUGCUGCCCGGAUAGAUGUAGCAACUGAUGUGGCCCAUGCCAUCACCUAUCUUCAUAUGUAUACAGACCGUCCUAUCAUUCAUAGGGACAUAAAAUCUUCUAACAUUCUUCUCACUGAAAACUUAAGAGCCAAGGUAGCCGACUUUGGUUUUGCUAGACUCGCAGCUGAUUCAGGUGCCACCCAUGUGUCUACCCAAAUUAAAGGGACUGCUGGUUACUUGGAUCCCGAGUACCUCAGAACUUAUCAACUGACUGAAAAGAGUGACGUUUAUUCAUUUGGUGUGUUAUUGGUUGAACUAGUCACAGGCAGGCGUCCAAUUGAAAUAAACCGAGAACUCAAGGAGCGGAUAACGGCAAAAUGGGCCCUGAAGAAGUUCAUAGAAGAAGAUGCCAUUUCAACCUUGGACCCAAAGCUGGAAUGCACUACUGCAAAUCAGUUCGCUCUUGCUAAGAUUCUUGAACUAGCCUUACAGUGUUUGGCUCCACGAAGACAAAAUCGGCCUAGCAUGAGAAGGUGUGCAGAGAUCCUUUGGGGCAUCCGCAAGGAUUACAGAGAGCUAACAGCUUUAGACUGCCGUUCACUCUCCUCUCAUUCUCAAAGGAGCGCUUCAAUGAGAAAAGGAUGAGAAAAUAUUAUGAGAGGUCUAUGGUGGGAGUAGCCUGUAAUCAAAGGAUUUGUUUUAGAACUAGAGAGAAAAAUAUGGAAUUAUCUAGACAUAAAAAGGCGUGUAGAGUGGUAUACACCAAUUUGAGCAGGUUCAUUUUAGGAGGGUGCCAAUAAUUUUCCCAGAAGUGGAUUCAAAGACAUUGAUGGGAAAAAGUUCACUUCUUGCAAGUGUAGUGAUCUAUUUAUAAUUUGUUCAUGGGAUUUGGAUUGUUUAUAGCUAAAUUUAAUUUGAGAUUGGGGAAAUUCUCUA